ACGGGCAACGGAACGCCUCCAGCCGAGAACAAGCCCACGUUACAUCGUUGGACUGUGCGUUUGGUUCCGUGUGGGAUUUUCCCUUAUGGAUGCGUGAUUCGGUCGACUUCGAUGAGUUCUACAUCCGGGAAGAUGCCCAGCUCCGAUCGGCCGCGGCGUCGGGACCGAAGCGAUUCGCAUCAAGAGUCCGAGACCCGUCCCGACGGAGAACAUGGCCGAAGCCAGAAGAGACGUGAGCGGGCGGAGAAGCAGCAACAGUCGGUCGUGGCGUCCGACUCGCUGGACGCCGAAGCCAAGGCCCGAAGGCGGAAGGAACGCAGCAAGGCGAAGCUUCAGAAGCGACGACACCGCCGUGCCAAGCGAUCCAAGGAAAAACAGGAGCAGCAAACAAGAGAGGAUGGAGAGAGAAAGGACUCGACUGACUCUCAGGUAAAACCAUUGGUUGAAUAUGAUGACAUCAGUUCAAACUCAGCAGGAUUUGAUUCGGACGAAGGGGUUAUCAUCACCCCACCCCGUGUGGAAAAACCUCCAAGGCCCCCAGUCCUAGACCAGAGCAUAGAGAAUCUCAUUCAAGAUCAAGCACUGCCAGCAAAGAGGCAACAAGAUUAAAAGAACGACAUAAAGACUCUCCUAAAAACUAAAGACAAAGACAGGGAAAGAAGAAAAGAAAAGGAGAAACUUCAAAAAGCA